GGUCUUUGUAAACUAAUCCCGUGCUUGAGGACAGAGGAAAGGAAGGAGUAUUCAGCCUUGAAGAAAGCAUGUCGCUCAUUGACUUUGGCAUCGAUGAGUACUCGCAGAGAGCAGCAGCUACAGAACACAAACUAGCCGUCACUAGGGACUACAUAUCGCAGCCUAGACUGACAUACAGGACUGUGUCCGGCGUUAACGGGCCUCUGGUUAUCCUCGACCAAGUGAAGUUCCCUCGUUUUGCUGAAAUUGUUACCCUCACACUUGCUGAUGGCAGUAAACGGAGCGGACAGGUCUUAGAGGUGAAUGGCUCAAAGGCUGUAGUACAGGUAUUUGAAGGUACAUCAGGUAUUGAUGCCAAGCACACGACGUGUGAAUUCACUGGAGAUAUAUUGAGAAUAGCUGUGUCAGAGGACAUGUUAGGUCGUGUUUUCAAUGGAUCUGGUAAACCAAAAGACAAAGGACCUUCUAUUUUAGCUGAAGAUUUCCUUGACAUUCAAGGUCAGCCCAUUAAUCCGUGGUCCCGUAUUUAUCCUGAAGAAAUGAUCCAGACUGGUAUUUCUGCCAUUGACACAAUGAACAGCAUCGCCCGUGGCCAAAAGAUCCCAAUCUUCUCAGCUGCUGGUUUACCUCAUAACGACAUUGCAGCUCAGAUCUGUCGUCAGGGUGGUCUGGUGAAGCUCCAAGAAGCUGAACAUAAAGGAGUCCUUGACGAUCAUGAGGACAACUUUGCUAUUGUGUUUGCUGCUAUGGGAGUGAACAUGGAGACCGCUAGAUUCUUCAAGCAAGAUUUUGAAGAGAAUGGAUCUAUGGAGAAUGUGUGUUUGUUCUUGAAUUUGGCCAACGAUCCAACUAUUGAGCGUAUCAUUACUCCACGUUUGGCUCUUACUACUGCUGAAUUUAUGGCCUAUCAAUGCGAGAAGCACGUUCUAGUUAUUCUCACUGACAUGAGCUCUUACGCUGAGGCCCUGAGAGAAGUGUCAGCUGCUAGAGAAGAGGUGCCAGGUCGACGUGGUUUCCCUGGUUACAUGUACACUGAUUUGGCGACCAUAUAUGAGAGGGCUGGCAGAGUUGAUGGAAGAAAUGGCUCUAUUACACAAAUCCCCAUUCUAACUAUGCCUAACGAUGAUAUUACUCAUCCUAUUCCUGAUUUGACUGGCUACAUUACCGAGGGUCAGAUCUAUGUUGACAGGCAGCUGUACAACAGGCAGGUCUACCCGCCCAUCAAUGUCCUUCCCUCUCUCUCUCGUCUCAUGAAGUCUGCCAUCGGGGAAGGAAUGACAAGACGUGAUCAUGCUGAGGUCUCAAACCAGCUGUAUGCUAAUUAUGCUAUUGGUAAAGAUGUCCAGGCUAUGAAGGCUGUGGUAGGAGAGGAAGCAUUGUCACAGGAUGAUUUGCUCUAUCUUGAGUUUCUGCAGAAAUUUGAAAAGAAUUUCAUUACACAAGGUGUUUACGAGAACAGAACUAUAUUUGAGUCUUUGGAUGUGGCUUGGCAGCUGCUACGUAUUUUCCCUAAACAGAUGCUCAACAGAAUCUCACAGUCUGUCCUUGACGAGUAUUAUGCAAGAGAUUCUCGACGAUAAGAUUAGCAAAAUGACUUUUUUGAUUUACCGACUUGCUGGAUUUUUUGUGUAGAUUAUUAAAUUGUUGUUGUUGUUGUUUUGCUGUCAUAGGAAACAUCAUACCAACUGAUAUUAUUAUUAUUAAUUUAUUAUUAUUAUUGUUGUUAUAAUAGCACUUUUGUGUGCUAUUGUGUGUGUUUUGUAGAUUUUUGUUAUAAUUAAAACUAGA